UCUGCACUGCUUAUCGCAGGUCCAUCCACAAAUCUCUCCAGGGACCAGGGGAACGGUUGUCCCGAAUCGCCGGCCAUGAAGUGCCGCUCUGAUGCACCAGGCGGUGGUGACGGCCACCGGGACCGGGCCCCAGCCCCCGUUGCCACAGGCGUCGGCGGCUCGCCCCCGGGCGAGCGGAGUAAGAAGCAGCGGACGGAGGAGCCGUCCUCAAGCUCCAGCGUGGUUGGCGAGUGCUCGUCUUCGUCCUCGCAGGCUCUGCCGCCACCGCUGCCGGAGCAGUUGCUGCAGGACGCAGGAGUGGGCGAGCAGCCGCCUCCAGGCCCCGAGCCCGCAGGGGGCGAGCAGGCGAGGGUGCCGGAUCUCGGGGAGGACCUGGUGUUCGAGGUGCUGAUGCGAGCGGAGGCCCGGACACUGGCGGCCGCGGCGUGCGUGAGCCGCGGGUGGCGGCUGCUGGCGAGGGACGAGCGGUUGUGGGAGGCGGCGUGCGUGCGGGAGUGGGCCUGCACUGGAUUCUCCGAGCAGAUGCUUCGCAGUGUCGUGCUUCCGCUUGGCGGCUUCCGGCGCCUACACGAGAUGUACAUCCGUCCGGUCCAGCGGCGUGCUGCUGGAGCGCCGCGCGGGCAGCAGAGGCGGCAGUUGCCGGUGAGGAUGGGCCGGGAUCAGGUCCAAGUCUCACUGUCUUUGCUCUCGACCUCAUUCUUCCUGAAGAUGCCUAAUGCUCCUCCACCUCCUCCUAAGGACAAGGAUAAAGAUGGAGAUAAGAAUGGAGGUGGCCAGUGUGGGUGAUCACUGAUCAAGUUUGUGAAAAAUAGGAGCUUACCUCUCAUGCAGCAUCACCACAGCUGCUUAUGUUAUGUAGGUGAUUAUGUUGUGGUUCUUCACUGUAUUUGUGGCAGUAAAGAGGUGAUCAAGUCAUUUGGAUUGGUGGGCAGAGAAGACUAUUCAGAUAGGUGCGGAUGUACUGAUCGGGAGGCAAAUAAGGUGAGCGAGAUUGGAUGGAAUUCAUUGCAAUAGCGUAUUGGAUGACUACCAAGUCUGUGUGUUGUACCUAAAUUACACACGAAAUGGGCUCAUCUGUAAAGUUUCCAUGCCAUAUAUGUGAAUAUGCGAGGUGCCAAGAGAGAUGCAGCAUGCUCUUUGUGCUGUUGUGCCAUGGGAAUAAGGGUGAGCCUCUUAGGGCUUCAUCAUGCUCUUUGUGCUGUUGUGCCAUGAGAGUAAGUGUGAGUCUCUUAGGGCUUGUUUAGUUGUAUGGGGAUUAAAGGGGAUUGAGGGACAUACAAUUCCUUGCUAGUUAAUUUUGGAGGGGGAUUGAGAGGCAUACAAUUCCUUA